AUGCCUUUGAAGGUAUUUUCUCAAGAUGCAGAUGUGAGUUUGCGACGUAACAUCCCCGGAGAAGACGCAGAGCAGGAGGAAGAAGAGGAGGAAAUGGCAGCUUCUCAGGGGCUGUUGACAUUCCGGGAUGUGACCAUAGAUUUCACUCAAGAGGAGUGGGAAUGCCUGGACCUCGGUCAGCGGGAAUUGUACAGGGACGUGAUGUUAGAGAACUACAGGAAUCUGGCCUGCUUGGGUCUUGUGGUCUCUAAGCCGGACCUGAUCACGUUUCUGGAGCAAAUGAAGGAUCCCUGGGAGGUAAGGAGAAUGGAGUCAGCCAUACACCCAGCUGUGUCUUCUCACGACACCCAGGGUUUGAGGACCGAAAAGCCAGGCUUAGAAGAUUUACUCCCAACAGCAAAGCUAGGAAUAUAUGAAAGAUUUCACCUUGCACAUUUACAUUUAACCAAAGACUGGAAAUCUAUGAGGGCAUAUAAAGAGCGGAGAGUAUGUUAUGAUGGACACAACCAACAGAAUAUUCAGACUAAGCGGAAACAUUGCAAGUGUAAUACAUGUGGAAAAGUCUUUAGUAACUCACCAAAUCUAAGUAGACAUAGGAAAAUUCAUACAGGAAGGAAACCUUUCAAAUGUACAGCAUGUGGCAAAGCCUUUAACCAGAGUUCACAUUUAACUGAACAUCAGCGAAUCCAUGCUGGGGAGAAACCACACAAAUGUACAGAAUGUGGCAAAGCCUUUAUCCAUUAUUCGCUUCUUACUCGACAUCAACGAACCCAUACUGGGGAGAGACCUUAUAAAUGUACAGCGUGUGGCAAGGCUUUUAAGGAGAUUUCAGCUUUAAUUCGACAUCAUCGAAUCCAUACUGGGGAGAGACCUUAUAAAUGUACAGCAUGUGGCAAGACUUUUAAGCAAAGUUCAGCUUUAACUCAACAUCAGCGAAUCCAUACUGGGGAGAGACCUUAUAAAUGUACAGCAUGUGGCAAGGCUUUUAAGCAAAGUUCAGCUUUAACUCAACAUCAGCGAAUCCAUACUGGGGAGAGACCUUAUAAAUGUACAGACUGUGGCAAAGCCUUUGUCCAUUAUUCACUUCUUACUCAACAUCAACGAAUCCAUACUGGGGAGAGACCUUAUAAAUGUACAGCAUGUGGCAAAGCUUUUUCCCGGAAUUCAGGUCUUUCUCGACAUCAGAGACGAAUUCAUACUGGAGAGAAACCUUACAAAUGUAAAGAAUGUGGAAAAACCUUUAUCAAGAACUCACAUCUUACUCAACAUCAGAGAAUUCAUACUGGAAGAAAAACCUUAUAA